CAAAAUAUGUGAGUCUAGCUUUUUAUAUCUCGGUAAGGGUCCUUGGUGUUGUUUGGUUUCUUUUCUCAAUAUUCCACUCCAUCUCGACCACAAUGUUCAAGGCGGCGUUACUGGAGACCAUCGACGCAGAGCGACAAGAUUUGAUCAGCUUGCUUCAAUCUUUGACACGCGCAGAUUCGUCGAACCCACCGGGAGACACAAUAGCAGCAGCAUGUGUUGUUAGUACAUUUUUGGCAUCUCGCGACGUGCCUGCGACGCUCAUUGCGCCAAAGAGCGAUGCGCCGAAUGUCACCAGCACCUUUCCGGCAGUAUCUCAAUCGCCCGCUCACAGCCGGUCUUCUUCUCUACAUCAACUAGAUGGCUAUUCCCCUAGCCGAGUCGACUCUCCUUUCGCCGACAGUGGCAUUUCGACACCGAAUCCUGGCCCGCGGUUGAUCAUGAAUGGCCACAUCGAUGCUUUCCCUAUCUCCGAAGCCGAAAGAUCGCAAUGGACGCAUGAUCCCUGGUCAGCAGACAUCGAGAACAACCGAUUAUAUGGACGCGGAGUAGUAGACAUGAAGGCUGGAACUGCCGCGACCAUUGCUGCAUACACAUACAUCUUCGCGCAUCGACAUUUGUUGAACGGUACUGCUGUUUUAGAAGCAGUGUCUGACGAGGAAACUGGUGGCCGAUGGGGUAGCAAAUACCUCUUAAACGACGAUGACAGAAAAGAAACCUGGACCGGGGAUGUAAAUCUCAACGCUGAGCCAACCGGUCUACAAAGCAUACGAUUUGGCGAAAAGGGCACUCUGCGGAUAACAUUCACAGUCAAGGCCAAGGGUGCACAUGGAGCAUAUACACAUCUGUCGGAAGGCGCGAUACGGAUUGCUACGAGGCUUAUCACUGAAUUGGUCAAGCUUGAGGACUUCACGAAUUUCGAGGUUGACCCGGAAGUACGGAGAUACCUGGACCGACAGGAAGUGAGGGAUACAAUCGAUGAGAUCAUGGGUCCUGGAGCUGCCGAUAACAUCCUGAAGCCGACAGUAAAUGUUGGAACAAUAAGUGGUGGCACCAAGGUCAACACCAUUCCUGGCGACUGCAAGUUCGAAGUCGACAUACGCCUCCCAAUUGGACUCGUGGCCAAGACCAUCCUCGGAAAGAUCGAUGCUACUCUCAAGGACUUCCCCGGAGCCUCAUAUGAAGUGCAAGAAGCAGCUUCAAAUCCACCAAACUCAUGCCCCUUCGACCAUGCUGUCACGCGGGCUAUAGCUAAUAACGCCGAACACAUACUUGGUCGCAAGCCAAUUGCCAUUCCAUCGCUCGGUGCCACGGACGCAAAGCAUUGGAGAUACAAAGGCAUCCCGGCAUACAGCUUUGGACUCUCACCAGAAGGCAUGGCUGGUAUUGAUGAGAGUGUCGACCUGGAUGAAUACAUCAACCUGGUCAAGAUACUUACGUUGACCGCAUGGGACUUCUUGACGGGCCCCGAGUAGGUCAUUGUUCCUGCUUGUUUACGAUCUAGAGUCCUUCAUGGGCAUGAUAUAUUGAUGAUACACAAAAGCGGAUUCCUUCUUGUACAUAACAUGCGCUAAAAUAUACCCAUGCAUUUUCUACCUUUACACCAUUGGCAUCCGCUAUCCACCUUGCAAUCGGCUUCAUCCUCUUUCCAAAACGUUUUUCGACCUUCCAAAAACAAAAGCAGAAGCCUUUACCAGACACACAGUGACCAGGCAAAAGGAAAGAUCAAUGGAGUAGCUGGGAAUCGAACCCAGAACCUUCUCCACUCAGUAAUGCUCAGAAAGCGAUGCUAAGAAGAU